CUCUCACCGGCUGUAGAAAAUGGUGAAAGAAACCACUUACUAUGAUGUUUUGGGGGUCAAACCCAAUGCCACCCAAGAGGAAUUGAAAAAGGCCUACAGGAAACUGGCCUUGAAGUAUCACCCUGAUAAGAAUCCAAAUGAAGGAGAGAAGUUCAAACAGAUUUCUCAAGCUUACGAAGUACUCUCUGAUGCAAAGAAAAGGGAAUUAUAUGACAAAGGAGGAGAACAGGCAAUUAAAGAAGGUGGAGCUGGUGGUGGUUUUGGCUCCCCCAUGGACAUCUUUGAUACGUUUUUUGGAGGAGGAGGAAGGAUGCAGAGAGAAAGGAGAGGUCAAAUUGUCAAGCAUGGAGAUAUCAAGUGUGUGCUAAAUGAAGGCAUGCCAAUUUAUCGUAGACCAUAUGAAAAGAGUCGCCUAAUCAUCGAAUUUAAGGUAAACUUUCCUGAGAAUGGCUUUCUCUCUCCUGAUAAACUCUCUUUGCUGGAAAAACUCCUACCUGAGAGGAAAGAAGUAGAAGAGACUGAUGAAAUGGACCAGGUAGAACUGAUGGACUUUGAUCCAAAUCAGGAAAGACGGCGCCAUUACAAUGGGGAAGCCUAUGAGGAUGAUGAACAUCAUCGCAGGGGUGGUGUUCAGUGUCAGACCUCUUAAUGGGGCCAGUGAAUAACACUGCUGGCAUUUUAUAUGCAGUAGUGAAUGAGUGAAGGACUAUAAUCAUAGCUCACUACUUGCUAUUGUUUUUGUUUUAAUAUUCAACUAUAGUAGUGUUUUAAAAGUUAAAUGAAGAAUAAACUCAAAUAUAAAAGCUCUGACUUUGCCCUGUAUGUAUGAUGACUUCAGUGUGCAAGAUAAAGUUUAAUACUUGUAAAAACUACUUAAAAAAAAAAUCUCCCCUAGCAUUUGUUAGGCCAUACCUUGUAAUUAAUUUCAGCUCUAUGUAUAUGAAACAGCUCAGACUGAAAUGCUAGGUGUAUGUAUUGACUUCGGUGUAUGACCCUUAAUUGUUAAGCUAUGAAGUUAAAACUUGUAUUUAAUUGGCAGUCAGACAAAGAAUUUGUAGAGAAGUGUUGGUCUAUAGUUAAGUGGGAUUCAUUGUGAUGUCUCUGCAUUUAUUGCCUCAACUGUUACUUGAAGAUGGCAUGCUAUGUAAUUUGGCCUGUGGUAUCAUUGAUAGAAAGGAUACCUCUCUAAAGAAGGGGUUUAUCAUAUGCUGCUGCUUGAGGGCUUGCACUUGUAGAACUGCAUUCCCUUCUGCUGUGCCAUCUUUUUUUUUUUUAAUAUAUAUAUAUAUAUAUCCUGGUUAUACUUUUUUUCCUUCUCUUUGGACCAUGAUAAGCUUCAGACUAGUGACUUCAGGAGCAGGGUAACUUAGAGUGAAGAGACAUUUACGUGGAGACGUUAAUUUGCAUGUAUGCGAUAGGAAGGUGUUUUUUAGGUAUGUUACAGGCUUACUUUAAACCAUUUAACUUCUGCUCCGAAGUAACUGUAAUUUAAUGUUGGUAGUAUAGCAAAUUAUGAUGAAUAGCUUUAAUUGUAUGUUUAAAAGUCAUGUUCACAAGCUUAAAUCUGGGUAUCAGAAUUAAGCAAAUGAAAUGUAUGAAUGUCUCCUUA